GUGUAGCUCCCGAGGUCUAAGCUUGCGUGUCUUUCUCUUACAAGUCCAGUCCCCUCAAUGCGGAUCUCAUGGUCUGGCUGGAUCUCGAGAUGAACCGUGUUGUAAUUAUCUAUUUUUUUUUAAUAAAACUACUGUUUAAGGGUGGGACGCCACACCCCAAUCAGUCUCAGCCUUUUUUUUUUCACCAAAUAGCGUAAGAAAAACAUGGCCAAAGCGGACAAGGCCGGAAGCACUAUUUAACGAAGGAUUUGCCAUUUCAUAUGACAUAUCCAGAACCACAAUAAUUUCGAAGAAGAUAUGGCUCCUUUGCUCUUACUUAUCCUUCUCGCCGGCGGAGUUCUCACAGUCACAGCAGCAACCAGUAGCACUAGAUCGGAGCCGGAAAUGCUGCACCAAGUCCACCCCCUCCGGCCGAGGUCUGGCGCCGGCGGGAGCCCUAUUCCGGGGCUGUCCUGCCUGAGCUGGCGGCUGGGUGUGGAAACUCACAACAUCAUCGAAUGGAAGACGGUGCCUCUGGCAUGCAAAGACUACGUCGGCCACUACAUGCUGGGCUACCAGUACCGGAAAGAUUCGAGAGCUGUGGCGGUGGCGGCUCUGCUCUACGCUCAGAGCCUUAAGCUCGCCGGAGAUGGCAAGGACGUUUGGGUCUUCGACAUAGACGAGACCGCGCUCUCUAAUCUGCCUUACUUCGCCCAUCACGGCUUUGGGGCGGAGCCGUAUAAUUCGACGCUUUCCAACGCAUGGGUGAUGGAAGGAAAGGCGCCGGCGUUGCCGGAGACGCUGCAACUCUACAAGAAGCUUCUGGCUCUUGGCUUCAAGAUUGCGUUCAUAACCGGACGAACUGAAGGCCAACGAAACGUCACGGCAUCCAACCUCAACAACGUUGGCUACCAUACUUGGGUGAAGCUCCUCUUAAAGGGAUCAGCCGAGCAGGGUCUGUCGACGAUUGAGUACAAGUCAAGGCAGAGGGCGACGCUGGAGAAGGAAGGAUACAGAGUGAAGGGGAACAUUGGAGAUCAGUGGACUGAUAUCUUAGGAACCCAUCUUGGCAAUCGCACUUUUAAGCUGCCUGAUCCAAUGUAUUACGUUAGUUAAAUUAUGGCUAGGUUUUUUUUUUUUUUUUUUUUAAGUUGAGUAGUGUUUAAAUUGUGUAAUAGUAUUUAAUUUAGAUAGCGUUUAAGAUAGUAAUAUGACUGACAAAAUGUACUUUUAAAUU